AUGCUCCCGCCUCUCCCCUCGCCCCCGCUACCGGAUACUCCAACGCUACAGUUCCACCAUGCCGACGACCGCGAUCUGCCGCAGACACCCAACGCUCCUUCGCCUCCUCCGCAUAGCCCCCAGUACAGAGAGUCUCCAGUGGUCGAGACGAUCCCGUCGGUCAUCAACAAGCCUCUACCACCCGUCCUUAACCCCGAGCCUCCCGUGCUCCCAGGACGCGAAGUUGCCCACAACCGGGUAGUGCAACUCUCUGGACAGAACCAGAACUCUCCCCUCACAUCCCCUGAGCCCGACGACGGAAGUAGUAUUGUCAGCCCCUCAGUUGAUGCCCGGUUUCUCGACCCCCACCGGCAGAGUCGCGAGUCCGACGCCACGACCAGUACCAACCACGUCCAGACUUCCACCGAGUCAUCUGGAGCCACCAGUGCAAGCUCUGUCAAUGAGCUAGUCGAGUCCCCAGAGGAUUCUGGAAGCGGGUCUCCCAGCUCCGUGCUUGAAGGUAGCAUACCGCGUAACCAAUCAGUCCCGGCAUUCCAGUAUCACCACAACUCGCAGUACCCGCCUCGUGUCUCAAGCGUCCCUAACGAGGGCGGAGACGCCCGAGCCAAGCUCACUCCCCGGCCCAACUCGGCCUACUCGGUGUACUCGGACUAUGGCCCUAGGGGACGGUCGCCCAACUUCUUCCCCGGCAGCUCCCAUAUUCGCGCGCCUUCGGUUCAGUCCAGGAGAUCGCCCGAUAUCCGCCCGUCCUCCUACGCGGAGCUCUUGAACGUUCCUUAUCCCCAACCUCCUCCUGCCCCGAUUAGCUUUGACAACUCGCAUCUCAAGAGCGCAGUCGGAAACAAUGCUGCUCUUCUCAGUAGCCAAAAGACGCUGGAUAUGUACCGACAGAAUGUCAAGAAGACGAACGACUAUUCCAUCCAGUACUCUUUCGCAGUCUUCCUUAUUUCUACUGCGCAGGAAAUGGGCUUAAAUCCAGAGGAACCAGAACCCAGGAAACCCAGUCCUCAGUCAAACAAGGGUGGCGAUAGCCCUAGUCCUUACUCUCAGAACGGUAUGUCUCCCUACGAAUUGGUCAAAGAGGCCCGUACCAUUUUGCAGCGUCUAGCGAACAACGGAUAUCCGUUUGCGCAGUACUACCUCGCCGACGGCUAUGCCUCGGGUCUCUUCAGCAAGGGCAAGGAAGACUACAACACCGCCUUCCCACUAUUCAUUCUCGCUGCCAAGCAUGGGCAUGCUGAGUCAGCUUACCGCGCUGCUCUGUGCUACGAGUUUGGCUGGGGUUGCAGAAAGGAACCGACAAGGGCCGUCCAGUUCCUCAGGGUUGCUGCCACCAAGAGCCAUCCCGGGGCCAUGACUCGUCUUGGCAGAGCCUGUCUGUCUGGAGACCUCGGCGAGAGGCGUUAUCGCGAGGGUUUGAAAUGGUUAAAGCUUGCGACCGAGGCCGCCGAUGCCAUCAAUAACUCGGCACCCUACCACCUCGGAUGUCUCUACGAGACGGGUUACGGAGACGACGUCUUCCAGGACGAGAGCUACGCUGCCGAACUUUUCACACAAGCCGCCGAGUUGGGCCACUCAGAAGCUAACUAUCGUAUGGGUGAUGCCUACGAGCACGGCAAGCUCAAUUGCCCGCGAGACCCGGCUCUCAGUGUCCAUUUCUACACGGGCGCUGCGGAAAAGGGCCACCCGGCGGCUAUGAUGGGUCUUUGCGCGUGGUACAUGGUCGGUGCGGAGCCCAUCCUUGAGCAGGAUCAAGAAGAGGCAUACGAGUGGGCUCGUCGUUCUGCAGAACUUGGCUAUGUUAAAGCGCAGUACGCUGUAGGCUACUUCACGGAGAUGGGCAUAGGAUGUCGUCGCGAUAUCUUGGAGGCGAACGUGUGGUACGUCAAGGCAGCCGACGCCGGUGACGAGCGAGCCAAGCAGAGAAUCGCGACAAUCAACGCGGCCAUUAGGGGCGGCCAGGUUCCAGGAGCAACGGCAGGCCGCGGCGGAAAGAUUAAGAAGCAAGCCGGCGACGAGAAGGAAUGCAUCGUGAUGUGA